CGCCGGGGUGGUGGGUUACGCCUGGAGAGCGCAUGGGCAAACUGUACGUCCGUUUGUCCGGAGCCGAGGGGAGAGUGGGCGCCAUCUUCUUCUAGGCUCACUGAGGGCUCUCUCUACCUCUUCUGGGGAGGCUGCUGCGACGACGACGGGUGCCCCCCCCGCCCCCCGGCCAGUGUGUCCGACUCCGCAGCAGUGGUGUGUGUUUAUUGUCAAGUGCGAAGCAGUUACCCUGGGGGCGUCGGGGGUGGGGAGGAGUUGGCGUCUGGGACGGAAGAACUGGGAAAGGCGGGGCCGGCAGCCACGCCAGGACCUAGCUCAGUUUCUGCCGUUAGGGCACCCUCUUUACUUGCUAAACACUCACUCUCCCGUCAGCCUCCAAGUGCUGUUGUGUGUGCGCUUUCCAGAUUUCGUAAAAGUGAAGAUCUCGAGGGAUUUCAUAGGUAUCUUUUUUCCUUUGCUCUGUCAUUGUAGUGAGCGGUGGCAGGAAAGCGCUGAAGGCCCGGCUCGUUAGGCGCGAGAGGGGCCAAAGUGUUUUAAAUUUGGAAGUUCACGCUCUGGCGAGUUAGGGCGGAUUGUUUGCCCUUGGGACCCAGGAACAGAAAGGCACGGAGGUGGGGCGGUCCAGGUUAAUUUGAAAGCUGAUUUUGUUGGAAGGUCUGGCGACAGCAUCGGAUCGCACAUAGCAACCUGGGCCUGGCGUGAAAAAAGGAAGCUCUGACCCCUGGGAAUCUGGACAAAGGCUUUGGGCUAUAGAAGCGAUGCCUUCUGCUGAUCCCCAUUUGAGGAUUGAUGGAUGAUGAUAUGAGAAAUCCUGUGCCGUGUGGAUUCGUCUUCAUUUACAGAGCCUAUUGGGGACUAUGGUUCUGUCUUCAUGCCUUUGGUUUUCAUUUGAACCAUUACAUUAUAAGAGGAUAAAAGGCAGGUCAUUAUAAAGAAUAAUUGUGGACUGGGGGUAGAUUAUUUUCUGCGGGGGAAAUUUAUGCGUUUAGAGUUUGAAUGUACUUUAUCGUAACUGAGAUUUGAAACAUUGUCGCAAUUUUUGCUCCCUCACCAUGUUUGGAAUGACUUUGUUAUUUGCUAGUUAAAAUCAAGUGGAUCUGAAAUAAUACCUAUUUAAAUUUAGCCUCCAGUGCCCUCUCAGGCUUGAUUAGAGGAUGUACAUUUCAUUGUUUAGUGAAUGAUAACCAAGGGGGAUGAAUUGUUGGAUAAAAGUGCAGCAAAAUGAGUUUAAAAUGAUUUCAUUAAUUUCAGUGACUUACCCUUAAACGAGCUUCUAAGGACCCAUUUCCUUCUUUUCAUAGGUUUGAAGUUCUAAUCUGUCACUGUCUUUAAAUCAUCAGUCACGAAAAAUACUUUUGUUGCAUUCAUAAGUAGAAAAAUUUUAAGUGCUUUAGAGUAUUUUGUUUUUUGUGUAAUGUUCUAAGAAUGGAGUUUCUGGAGAAUUUGCUUAAGGAAAUUACUUGGCAAACAGAGGAAAAGUGUUCAUUUUGAGAACUGGUCACUUAUAAGUGGUCUCUUGUGUUAUUGCAGAGAUAAAUGGUACAUUACCCUAGUAUCUGAAGGGAAAAAAUUUUAAGCAUUAGUUAUAUUUAACAGUGGCAAAUUAAAACACAUUUUUAAUAUAGUCUGCUUGAAUUGGAAUUCAUGAGAUUUGCCCUCAAGGAACUACUUAGGUAAAAUAUUGUUUUUAAGUUAGGGAGGACAAAUUAUUAGAAAUCUUUGGAAUUUGACAUAAUUAUUCCCUGAAACAUCCCUAACUUUUCUUGUAGAUUUGUUUAUGUUCUCAGGGUAAAUUCCUUUUAAAGUUAAAAAAAAUUGGGAGAGAAACAUGGUAUGUAUCUUACAUGUUUUCUAAAACAUUUUAAAAGUGAAAAAAGGAGCUAAGUUAGUUUGUAUAAGAAGGAGUCUUUAGAACUUGAAUGGUGACAACUAUUCCAGAAGCCAUUUAUAGUUUUUGUUAAAAUGCUGGUGUAGAUGUUGGUUUGUUGAAGAAUUAGCUUAUAUUUGACUUUUUUUUGGUACUGGGCAGAUUUUUCUUUUAAAUAGACCAUUUUUUAGAGCAGUUUUUUUAGGUUUACAGCAAUUUUGAGCAGAAGGUACAGAUAUUUCCCAAAUACCUACCCUGCCCCCACAUAGACCAUGCAAAUAUUUUAAUAGUAAAUCUCAUUAAUAUUUUUAAUAUUAAUUUGACGUUGAUAAUUAAGAUGCCAAGAAAUUUCUUGAUAUCUUUUUUUAGUUUAGCUUGUAGUUUAUAAAGUUUAAUUUUGGACACUUUUCAAAGGAAAAUAAAUCCUGCAGACUUCAAAGAAUGUGUCUUCAGACCCCACUUUGUGGAAAAGUGGUAAUUGUGUGUAAGUAUUGAAUUAAAGCAACACUUACUUGUACAUUAAAAACCAAUUUAUAAUUAUUAAUUUAAUGGCUCUUAAAAACUUCCUUGGAAAACUUGAUUAAAUAUUGUUAGGUUAUCUCUGAAAGUUGAUGUGAAUUUCCUUAAGGAAAUACUAGGUUGAGAUUUUUCAGUAGUUCCUACUGAUAGUCCCCAAACAUUCCAGGUAUUUUUACUUUUCUACAUUGUCAUUUGGGUUUAUUCAUUAGAACCCAGGGUAGUUGUUUGAAAUGGAAGCUUGAGAAGAUUCUGUAUCUGAACAUUUUCUGUUUGACUUGAGAUGAAUAGUGAUUUCUUUUAGGAGUUUAUGGAAUAGUGUAAUAGUUGAGUUUAAGAUAAGAAAUGGUAGUAGCUGAGAUUUUUGAUUUUAGAGAUAUUUCGAUAUUUGCUUUAAUUAUAUUUGGUUCCAUGUUUGGAAGUGUAUAUGUAGAACUUAAAAUUGUAUCCAAAUGGUAGCCAUUAUUUGGAUUUUGCUUUAAAAAUUGGUUUUUGAAGUGUUUUAUUCUUUUAUUUGAUCUUUUGAAUGGUCGCCUUUUUAAUUUGAUUUGGUCUUACGUUUUGAAAGGGAAGAGAAUUACAAGUGUCAGACAUAUUAGUGAGUUAGGUAUUUGGUCUUUUCAUGGUUGGAAGAGAUAAAAUUUUGGGGAAUUUUUUUAUUUUUAAAUUUUAUUUUACUUGUGGAAAGAUUGUCUUUUCUAUUUUUUUAAGUGGAUGUAAAAUUUAUAUACAAUUUAAGCACAGACUUUAAAGAUAAAAUUUAUUUAGCUUUGAUAGACUUAUGUACCCAUGCAACCAACACUCCAAUGAAAAUGUAUAACAUUUCCAUCAUCCCUUUCCUUGUACCAUUUUCAAUCAAGUUUAGUUUAUAGGAAGUUUUUUAAAAAAUUAUUUGCAGAUGUCUUCUCCGAAUUUGUAGGCCUUUUUUGCUAAAGAAUGAUUUAUUUCCUCUCAGAACAAAGAAGAUCAUCUCGUAACACCCAUAGUUGUGGUUCCUUAUAUUGCUUCACUUUUUUACUAGGUCAUUCUGAAGUGAAUAUCCUAAUCUGGCGUUGUUUAAAAUCAAUUAUAGAGUCCUGGGAUUAAUUAUAUUUCAUUUUCUUUCCACAGUUAAGUUGCUUUUACAGAAUUAACAGGUGUCCAAGAAAUUAAAAAAAAAAGGUCUUUAUUGCUGUGAUUUGAGCUCAGCAUGGCUGUAGUCAUCCGUUUACUGGGGCUUCCUUUUAUUGCGGGGCCUGCGGAUAUUCGUCACUUUUUUACGGGAUUGACUAUUCCUGAUGGAGGAGUGCAUAUAAUUGGAGGGGAAAUUGGGGAGGCUUUUAUUAUUUUUGCAACAGAUGAAGAUGCAAGACGUGCCAUAAGUCGUUCAGGAGGGUUUAUCAAGGAUUCAUCUGUAGAGCUCUUUCUUAGCAGUAAGGCAGAAAUGCAGAAGACUAUAGAAAUGAAAAGAACUGAUCACAAAGGAAGAGAGCGACCGGGAUCUGGGGCAUCAGGGGUUGGCUGCUUAUCUAAUUUUGUUGAGGGUAUUAAAGAAGAAGCAAGUAAUUCUGGAUAUGGCUCUCCGAUUAAUCAAGAUGCUGGGUUUCAUACUAAUGGUACAGGACAUGGUGAUUUAAGACCAAGAAAGACACGACCAUUAAAGGCAGAGAAUCCUUACUUGUUUCUACGAGGUUUGCCUUACUUAGUAAAUGAAGAUGAUGUACGUGUCUUUUUCUCUGGUUUGUGUGUAGAUGGGGUAAUUUUCUUAAAACAUCAUGAUGGCCGAAAUAAUGGUGAUGCCAUAGUAAAAUUUGCUUCAUGUGUUGAUGCUUCAGGAGGUCUUAAAUGUCAUAGAAGUUUCAUGGGUUCCAGAUUUAUAGAAGUAAUGCAAGGCUCAGAACAACAGUGGAUUGAGCUUGGUGGUAGCACAAGUAAGGAGGGUGACAUUCCUAUGAGAACUGAAGAACAUUCUCCACUAAGAGGAAUAAAUGAUAGGCAUUUUCGAAAACGAUCUCAUUCGAAAUCUCCCAGAAGAACACGUUCUCGCUCCCCACUGGGGUUUUAUGUUCACUUAAAAAAUCUGUCCCUAAGUAUUAACAAAAGAGAUUUAAGAAAUUUCUUUAGAGAUACUGAUCUGACUAAUGAACAGAUUAGGUUUUUAUAUAAAGAUGAAAGAAGAACAAGAUAUGCCUUUGUGAUGUUCAAGACGCUGAAAGACUAUAACACUGCUCUGGGUUUACAUAAGACUGUUUUACAGUAUCGUCCAGUUCUUGUUGAUCCAAUUUCUAGAAAACAAAUGCUGAAGUUCAUUGAAUGUUAUGAAAAGAAAAGACCAGCAUCAGUAGAGAAAGAGAGGAUUGGACAUGUUUCACAAAAAUAUUCUCAAGAAGGUUACUCUGGCCAGAAACUGUGCAUAUAUAUGAGAAAUUUUCCAUUUGAUGUUACAAAAGUUGAAGUGCAGAAGUUCUUUGCAGACUUUUCUCUUGCCGAGGAUGACAUUUACUUGCUUUAUGAUGACAAAGGCGUUGGUCUGGGGGAAGCACUGGUGAAAUUCAAAUCAGAAGAACAGGCCAUGAAAGCUGAACGUUUAAAUCGCCGAAGAUACUUGGGGACAGAGGUGUUGUUAAGACUUAUAUCUGAGGCACAGAUGCAGGAGUUUGAUGUAAAUUUUUCUUUGCUGUCCAGUAAGAGAAGGCAAGACCAUUCAAAAUCAUGUGAUAGGGAUGACCCUUCCCAUUCAUUUGACUCAAAUGAUCUACCGGUAUAUGCAGUGGGCCUUUCUGAAAACUUUAGGCAUCUGCAAGAAGACUUGAGGCAGAUGGACAAUUUCAGGCACGCCCAAGGGGAUUUCCAGCAGCCUGACAGAUGCCCUCCAGAAGACUUUAGGCAUUCCCCAGAGGACUUCAGGCGCUCCCCAGAAUUCAGGCACUCUCGCGAGGGACAUUUCCGGAUGCCUCAGGAGGAGGACUUCAGAUGCUCUUGGGAGGAUUUCAGGUACCGUGGGGAAGAAGACUUAAGGCACCCAAGGGAAGAGAAUUGGAGGUGUCCACCAGAAGAGGAUUUCAGGGAACCUCCCAAGGAGGACUUUAGGCGAUCCCCUGGGGAGGACUGGAGGCGGCUUCCCAAGGAGGACUGGAGGCGACUUCCCAAGGAGGACUGGAGGCGGCUUCCCGAGGGAGAGUUCAGACGGCCACGUGAGGAGGAUUGGAGACGACCCCUUGAGGAUGACUUUAGGCGGCUUCCCCAGGGGGAAUGGAGGAGACGACCUAAGGAGGACUUCAGGCGACUUUCGGAGGAAGACUUAAGGCAACCUUUUGAACAGGACUUUAGGCGUCCACCAGUGGAGGACUUCAGACGUUCUCCUGAGGAUUUCAGGUGUUCUCCUGAAGAGGACUUGAGGCGGCACCCCCAGGAGCACUUUCGGAGGCCUCCCCAGGAGCAUUUCCGGCGUCCGCCCCAGGAGCAUUUCCGACGGCCACCCCAGGAGCAUUUCCGAUUCCGACGGUCACCCCAGGAACACUUAAGGCAUCCGCCUGAUGAAGAUUUCAGGCGCCUCCCGGAUGAAGACUUCAGGAAUCCUACUGAGGAGGACUUUAGGAGUCCCCAGGAGGAAGAUUUUAGAUGUCCUUCCGAUGAGGACUUCAGGCGGUGUCCGGAGGAAGAUCUCAGGACAGCUCCAGAGGACUCUCGAGUUCCUGACGAUUUUAGGCCGCCUGGUGAAGAGUUUAGGAGCCCAUCUGAUGAUUUUAGAAGUCAUCGCCCUUUUGUGAAUUUCGGUCGCCCAGAAGGUGGCAAGUUUGAUUUUGGAAAGCGUAAUAUGGGAAGUUUUCCUGAGGGGAGAUUUAUGCCUGAUCCGAAAUUAAAUUGUAGUUCAGGUAGAAUAACACCUAUUAAGAUAAUGAAUCUUCCAUUUAAAGCUAAUGUUAAUGAAAUUCUAGACUUUUUUCAUGGUUAUAGAGUCAUACCUGAUUCAGUUAGGAUACAGUAUAAUGAGCAAGGAUUACCUACAGGGGAAGCCAUUGUGGCCAUGGUAAACUAUAAUGAAGCUAUGGCUGCUAUUAAAGAUCUAAAUGAUAGGCCAGUUGGCCCGCGCAAAGUUCGGUUAAUUUUGCUCUAGAGAGCACGUCUAAAUUCAGUUACCUCCCCACAGUAUUGAUGCAGUAAAAUACAUUUGUUUCUUAAAAAGUGUUUAUUUUAAUAGUCUAAUGAAAAACAUUUUAAAUCUGAUUUGUGACUGGAACAAAUGUAAGUAGUGGAAUGUAAGUCUAGUUUUCUUUUGCUUGCAAAUUGCUGUUUACUUUUUCUAAUUAAAGUUAUAUAUUUUUUUUUUCGACAGUGGGGAAGAGGACUAAUUCCCUGAGUUCAUUAAUUUUUGUUGAUGUCAUGGGUAUACCUCAAGACCUGUAUAAAGUAGAGCUGUAUUUGGGGAAGACAAGUUUCAUAAUCACUUGUUUGCAUUCUGUAGUCUAUAUAUUUUACUCAAAAUGUAUAAGGAAUGGUCAUCGGUAACUGAUUUGUUCAGGUUUAGCAUUUUCAUUGCUGACUGCCUGCAGAAUUAAUGCCCUCUUCCUUGUCCGAGCUAUUACUGUGUUAAGCUUCCUAUUAAUUAUAAAUAUUUCUAAAUGAACAUACUGUGAACUUGAAAUUUACUUAUGUAAAAAGGUUAGGAGAUUCUUAGUUUCCAUGUUCAUGACUUGAAAAGUUUUAUAAAAAUAAAAAAAUUGCAACUGAGUAGACCAGCUAAUUAACUUGUAUUUGUAUAAAAGGGAAAAAAAGAAUUACAGUUUCUUUUGUGAAGUUUUUCAACAGUUACAUUAAACAAUAUUUAGGACUGACCAAACAUUCUGUAAUGCUAGUGUAGAGUGUUAUGUUAAGUUCCUGUGGUUUCUUCAACAUCUCAUCAACCAAACUGGUAAGAUUAACUCAAAAUACUUAAAAAGACAAAAAAUAAUUGUAGGUACAAAGAGACUUUCAGGCUUGUGCUGGGAACACCUGAUAGAUAUGGCUUGUGUUUCUAGGAAGAAUUUUUUGAUGAUUCAUAUAACUUCUAUUUUUAUUAGGUUCUCAUUCUUUAAUUUCAAAACUUGGUAUCAAAAGACCAAACAACUAUUAGAUCUGUGAAGUCAAAUUUUGACUUUUGAUAUUUGACAUUUAGCAUAGAAUUUUGCAAAUACUGCAUUUGAUUUUUCUAUACUUGUGAUAUUAAUGGCUAACAAAUAUUGGACACUUACUGUGUGCUAGGAAGUGUAAGCGCUUUACAUGCAUGAUCUCAAUAUGGUAAGAACCAUAGAGUAAGUAUUUACCUGUGUUUCAUUGAUGAGAUAAUAAAGUUUAGAGAGGUUAAAUAACUUGCCUAAAAUCAUAGCUAGUAAAUCAUGGAGCCAGUUUCAACACACUCACCAGUGACUUCAGUUCAUGCUCUUAACACUUUUGCCUACUAACUUUGUUAAUGGUACUUUAAAUUUUAGUAAGACCUUGCUAACAACAUUUUCAAGAGUGAACCAUAUUUUUUACUUCCAUUGUAGUUUUAAAAAUGACAUUAAAAAGUAAAAUUAGUGUUCUCAAACAUUGCUAACAAAAGACAAAGUAAUUUUAGAAGUUUUUAUAUAUCCAGGGUUUCUCUUGGAUGCUAACAUUAUAUAUUGACUUCUAAUUUAAAAUUAAUUUUAUCAAACAUGAUUUGACUUUGGCUUUUUAUAGUUACAUAAAACAAGUUAGGUAAUUUUUUCAAUUCUGUGUCCAGAGAUUUCCUACAUUGAGCAAAUAAGUAUAAAAUUUGAGUUGAUAUACAGUAGUCGUCAUUUAAUAUUAGGAUAUUGCAGAAGUAGAAAACUGACGGUGUCAGUACUUAGCCAAUUAGUAGUAUAAGUAUUUUGGAAUAAUCUUUAGUGGUUUAAAGAAAUAUGAGAGAAGCUAACCUUAAAUUUGUUUUUAAUAAUAGUGAAUAUUCUGGUUGCUAGUAAAAUGAGUAAACUGGAAGUUUGGUUCAAAAACACAUCAGUAUGGCUCUUCAAACUAGUGAGCUUAUAAAUAGAUGAAUGAUAAGCUAAUAUCCAAAUCAAGCACAAUGAACAAAAUAGGAAGGAAUAUUUUUACAUGCUAAAAGACUACAUAGUUCAUUUGGUCAGCAUUGUUGAGGACUUAAAUGGUUCUCAAAUAUAUACCAAUAAAAGCUAAGAUGAAGCUUAAAAGUGAAAUAUCACUGAAAGUAGAACUGCUGAAAGGAGGCUGGUAUAUGGUAGGGGUGGAUAAGAGGCCAACAAUAGUAAACACAAGCUUUGUAUUUUGAUUAUAAAUGUAAAAAUAAUGGAUUGAUAUGAAGUGAAUUUUACUCUGUAAUACAUCAGUUUAAUAUAUUUUCAAACUUUUUAAAAUAAAAAGUUUAUCAUACAAAUUUGGAUUCUGCUGGUUGGGAGCCAUUUUUUUCCACAUCUUUUCCCAACUCUGUCUACAAUGGUAUGUUGAUGACCAAAAUUGGCCAUGGUAGGAGUAUUACACCAUGGAAAUUGGCAAAUGCAAAUCAGGACAUUUUCCACUCUAGGGAGUCAGCUUACUAGCACACCACCAAUUUCAAACACAUAAAAGAGUACCAAUUAGUAUACAUGUGUACUAAAUAAAGCCCCACAUACCCAUCAUCUAACUUCAAUAUCAUCUCAUAGCCAAUUUUACUUUUUUCUUACCUGUUAGAUAUAUCAGUACAUUAGGGCAUAUUGGUUCUUUAGUUUAAUGCCAUUUUAAUUGUCUUAAAACAUUUUUGUCUAGAGGGUAUGUGGAAAAUACAGAUCAUGUCCAGAAAGUAAACUUAAGCCCAUAACCGACAGGUAAGGUAGGAAUCAUAUUAGGAAUGUACUUUUACCACCUACUGUGAAAACAUGGCUAAGAGUGACUUAUUCCAUAAAUCAUCUGUUAAGUAGUAACCCUGUCACCUCUGUGUUUGUAUUAAAUGUUAGCUGUCAUUUAUUGAGCUGUAUUAGAUACUAUAUGAUCUAUAAUUAUGUAAAUUAACUAUAUCCUCUAAUCCUAAUAACCUUAAACCUAUUUUGGAGAUAAGAAAUGGAGGUCUAUAAGCUAAAAGCUGCUUGAGGUGGUUGCCUAUUUUUUUACAAGGUAAAAGAGGUUUUUAUAUAUUUAAAGGUGGUUACAUUUAAAUGGCUGCUUUUUGUCUUUUAGCUCAC